UGUGCCGGAAAAUCCUGCCUCUGUUCGGAAGUCCGGCUACGCCUACGCCAGAGAACUCUCUCUCUCUAUCUCUCUCUCUCUAGGCCCCCCUGCUUUGCUUCGUCUCUCUCUCUCUCUCUCUCUCUCUCUCUCUGAGAAAACUCUCUCUGCCCUUUUCUUGAUCUGCAAUAACUCGGCGCCUCUGGGCCUCAAAAUUCUUGAUUCGCCACCUGGGUUCCUGUUAUUCCGCACUGAAAAUGGGAUUGCUUCACAAUUCCAGGCAAUAGGAGGAGGAGAGAUUGUGUAUCGAGAAGAUUCACGGGGACAAUGGUGAGAUAAGUAUUCGAGCUCAAUCCCGACGCGGGGCCAUUCGCGUCGGUGGAAGCUCGGGGGAGGAACCCGUCGUCGUCGUCGUCGCCACCACCACCACCAUUGAUUUGAAGGCGAGAUUUGGUAAAUUCAUUGAAUAAUUGUGGGUCAACUGCUGUUCUGAUUGAUCUGAAACUAUAAGAGGAGGACAAGGAAAAUAAGAAAGGAAGGCACGAAAGAAAGGAAAAAAGAUUCAAUUGGGAUGGCUCGGGGCAGAAUCAGGGCUAAGUUCCGCCGCAGCAACCUCUAUACAUUUGCAUGCCUAAGACCAACCGCUGCCGAGUCCGAGGGCCCUCAGUCUCUCCAGGGCCCGGGAUUUUCCCGAAUUGUCCACUGCAACGAGCCAGUUUUGCACAAGAAGAAGCCCUUGAAGUACUGUUCCAACAGCAUCUCAACCACGAGGUAUAAUGUCAUCACCUUCCUCCCGAAGGCCUUCUUCGAGCAAUUCCGCCGCGUCGCAAAUAUAUAUUUCCUUGUGGCAGCAAUUUGCUCCCUGUUCUCGUUUUCUCCGUUCUCGCCCCUUAGCAUGAUAGCACCUCUAGUGUUUGUUCUCGGGGUUAGUAUGACAAAGGAGGCCAUAGAGGAUUGGCAUAGAUUUAUCCAGGACAUGAAGGUUAAUACCCGAAAGGUGAUGGUCCACAAGGGCGGGGGUGUCUUCAGAAACAAGCAGUGGAGGAACCUUCAGGUUGGUGAUGUUUUAAAAGUUGAGAAGGACAAGUUCUUUCCAGCGGACUUGCUGCUUUUGUCCUCCAGCUAUGAGGAUGGACUCUGCUAUGUGGAAACAAUGAACUUAGAUGGCGAAACGAACCUAAAAGUUAAGAGGUCACUGGAGGUAACUUUAGGGUUAGAUUCUGAUGAGAGUUUCAAGGACUUUAAGGGAAUGAUUCGAUGCGAAGACCCAAACCCAAGUCUGUACACUUUUAUUGGGAACUUUGAUUAUGAACGGGAGGUUUACCCGUUGGACCCGACUCAGAUCCUUCUUAGAGAUUCCAAGCUCAGGAACACAGCUUUCAUUUAUGGGGUCGUAAUCUUUACUGGCCACGACAGUAAAGUUAUGCAGAACUCGACUAAGUCUCCUUCAAAGCGGAGCAGAAUCGAGAGGAAAAUGGAUCGGAUAAUUUAUGUUCUUCUCUCAGUUCUGCUGGGUAUCUCUGUGAUCAGUUCUAUUGGUUUUUACAUUCAAACCAAGUAUCAGAUGCCCGAUUGGUGGUAUUUACAGCCUCAGAGCGGCACUUCCUGUUAUGACCCAAAUAAUGCCAUUGCUUCGGGCUUCUGCCACUUUGUGACUGCCCUUAUGCUCUAUGGCUAUUUAAUCCCAAUCUCUUUGUAUGUGUCAAUCGAGAUGGUGAAGUUCUUGCAGGCUAUCUUUAUAAACCGGGAUAUAGACAUGUAUGAUGGGGAAAGUGGGACCCCCGCCCAGGCGAGGACCUCUAACUUGAACGAGGAGUUGGGACAGGUUGACACCAUCCUCUCGGACAAGACUGGGACAUUGACCUGCAAUCAGAUGGACUUCCUGAAAUGCUCGAUAGCAGGGUCUGCUUAUGGUGUUAAAUCCAGUGAGGUUGAGCUUGCCGCGGCCAAGCAAAUGGCCGUUGACCUUGAAGAAGAGGAAAGCGGGAUCUCGGCCUAUCGAGGACCCAAUCACCAUGGCAGAUCGGAGAUUGAGCUCGAGAGUAUUGUUACGACUGUGGAUGGGAAGGAUGAGAAGAAGAAGGUUGUGAAGGGUUUUAGCUUCGAGGACAGUCGAUUGAUGGAUGGGAAUUGGAUUAAGGACCCGAAGGCGAAGGAUAUAUUGUUAUUCUUGCGGAUUUUGGCCAUUUGUCACACUGCAAUCCCUGAAAUAAAUGAGGAGACGAAUGAGAUCACUUAUGAGGCUGAGUCGCCUGAUGAAAUAGCUUUCCUUGUUGCGGCAAGAGAGUUCGGGUUUGAGUUCUUCAGGAGGAACCAAUCCAGCAUUUAUGUUCGGGAAGGGUGUCCUUCUCCUGGAGAUCCUGUUGAAAGGGAGUACAAACUUCUUAACUUGUUGGAUUUUACAAGUAAGAGAAAGAGAAUGUCUGUUAUCGUGCAGGACGAGGAUGGCCAGAUUCUUCUUCUCUGCAAGGGUGCUGACAGCAUUAUAUUCGAUCGACUGGCAAAGAAUGGGAGGGCAUAUGAGGAAGUCACCACAAAACAUUUAAAUGAAUACGGAGAAAAUGGGUUGCGGACGCUAGCUUUGGCGUACAAGAGGCUCGAUAAGGCUGAAUACACCUCCUGGAACAACGAGUUCAUGAAAGCAAAGACUUCCAUUGGAUCUGAUAGAGAGGCGAUGCUCGAGAAAGUUUCUGAUAUGAUGGAACGCGACUUGAUUCUCAUCGGCGCUACAGCUGUAGAGGACAAAUUACAAAAAGGGGUGCCUCAAUGCAUUGAUAAACUCGCCCAAGCAGGUCUUAAACUAUGGGUGCUCACUGGAGAUAAGAUGGAGACUGCAAUCAAUAUAGGAUUCGCAUGCAGUCUUCUUAGGCAGGGCAUGAAGCAGAUCUGUAUAUCUAUAAAUUCAGAUACACUAGGCAGACAAGAUGCAAAGAAGGCUGUAAAAGAUGACAUUCUGAUGCAAAUCACGAAUGCCUCGCAAAUGGUGAAACUGGAGAAGGAUCCCCACGCGGCAUUUGCCCUAAUCAUCGAUGGGAAAACCCUGACCUAUGCAUUGGAGGAAGACUUGAAGAAUCACUUCUUGGGACUAGCAGUCGACUGCGCAUCGGUGAUAUGCUGUCGUGUCUCCCCGAAACAGAAAGCGCUGGUGACAAGACUGGUUAAGGAAGGGACGGGGAAAACCACCCUAGCGAUUGGAGAUGGGGCGAACGAUGUUGGGAUGAUUCAAGAAGCUGAUAUUGGAGUGGGCAUCAGUGGCGUUGAAGGUAUGCAGGCUGUGAUGGCUAGUGAUUUUGCGAUUGCCCAGUUUCGGUUUCUUGAGAAACUCUUGGUGGUUCACGGGCAUUGGUGCUACAAAAGGAUCGCUCAGAUGAUAUGUUACUUCUUCUACAAAAAUAUAGCAUUCGGUUUGACAUUCUUCUACUUCGAGGCUGUCACGGCUUUCUCUGGGCAAUCCAUUUACGACGAUUGGUACAUGAUCCUGUUCAACGUGUUUGUUACCUCAUUGCCUGUCAUUUCGCUUGGGGUGUUCGAGCAGGAUGUUUCCUCGGAGAUCUGUUUACAGUUCCCAGCGCUUUACCAGCAAGGCCCCAAAAACCUGUUCUUUGACUGGUAUAGGAUACUGGGGUGGAUGGGGAACGGGCUGGUUGCCUCCGCGGUAAUCUUUGUCUUCAACAUUGCGUUCUUCUACCGGCAGGCUUUCCGGCCAGGGGGACAGACGGCAGACAUGACCACGGUGGGGACUGCCAUGUUUACAUGCAUUGUAUGGGUCGUGAACUGCCAGAUUGCGCUAACAAUGAGCCACUUCACGUGGAUCCAGCACCUCUUCAUCUGGGGUAGCAUCGGGUUCUGGUACCUGUUCCUCCUGAUCUAUGGGCUGCUCUCCCCAAGUUACACCGGGAACGUGUACAAGAUCCUGCAGGAGGUGCUGGGCCCUGCACCGAGCUACUGGACGAUCACCUUGCUGGUGACGGUCACCUGCAACCUCCUCUACUUCUCCCACAUAUCGAUCCAACGGUGCUUCUACCCAAUGGACCACCAUGUGAUCCAGGAGAUAAAGUAUUACAAGAAAGAUGUCCGCGACAAGAUCAUGUGGACCCGGGAGAAGUCCAAGGCUAGGCAGGAGACGAAGAUCGGGUUCACGGCUAGGGUGGAGGCGAAGAUACGGUACCUCAGAGGGCGGCUACAUAAGAAGCACCUCUCGCUCAACUCGCCCAGGACGGCCGUUGCCUCCCCAUCAUAACACGGGCAAGUUCGUCCGAGAAACUCAUUUUUCGCGCUCCUUAACAUAAUAUAAUUCUAUUGUAACAUUACUUGAUGUAGCGUGUGGGAGUGAUUUGAGUCCCAUUUUUUCCUGCACAGUAGCAUUGAAAACCGAAAAACUGUACUCUAUUGUAAAAUUUUGUCGAAUGAUAGCUUGCAAAAUAGUUUUGAUGCCUAACGUCUCAAUUUUCUAA